CAUCGGUCCGGCAACGCCGUCUGGCUCAUUGCUUGUCGUAAUCAUUGCAUCCGGGGUAUAAUUGGAUAAUUUAAACACUUAAAUGGCUCUCACAAAAGUCUACGAUGCCGCGACAGUUUUCAGGCACUUAAAUGGCGUUUUAAAUGUAUACAAACCCGCCGGCAUGAGAGUAGGACACGUCCGUAGCGCAGUUCUCAGCAACAUUUGCAAGGGUCUCAACGAAUUGAAGCAGCGCGAGCCGCGCAAGCUUGUAGAGAACAGGCCGCUGCUGGGCACAGGCACCGCCGCCGACACUGUGCUCCACAAUAUAGCCACGAACACCGAUCUCUCUGACGAUGUGCUGUGCACUGGACCUCGUUACAUGCCGGAAGAUAUACGCUGUGCCACUGUGGCCAGUCUGGGGCAACACACCAGCGGUGUUCUGCUUUUUGGCAUCAACAAGGGACUGCGCCAGUCGAGUCGAAUACAGAAGAACCGGCCGGUGCGAGUGUAUCACAUUACAGGUCGCAUGGGCACUGCCACGGAGAAUCACCUGCCAGACACACAUGUAACCGCACGUUCCAACCAUAAGCAUGUGUCAGCGGAAAGAAUCAGUGGCCUUGCGGCCUCCAUGCAGGCUUCGCAUCAGCGGAAGAUGUACGAGCUGUGCGGCGUCGACCUGCAGACACAAGCUGCCUACGAGCUAGCCAGCAAAGGUCUCAUUCGGCCAACCGACAAUAGUCUGCCCGUCAUCUAUGGCAUCAAGUUAAUUCAUUUCGAUCGCCCGCACUUCACUCUUGAGCUGCAUGCCAUCAAUGAGACGGAGGAGUACUUGGCCGCCCUGGUGCAUGACAUGGCGCUGGAGCUGCGCACAGUGGCCCACUGCAGUCAGUUACGAUGCAUCCGCCACGCUCACUUUGAUGUCACCGACAGCUUACUAAGACAUGGCUGGCAUCUGCCGGGGAUCGUGAAGAACCUGCGUCAGCAGCGGGAGAUUCUGCGAGCACAUCCCCAGAUGUUGGAGGAAGAGCGCGCCGAGCUGCAUGCGUGAUGAUUAGAUGACUAGAUUAACUGUAUCAUAAAGUAUGUUUUAUUUGCAAAAAC